AUCCUAGUGUCAGUACCUUUUUCGUUAUAGUUUCUUAGGCAACGAGAUAACAAUGGGCUUCAUUCCUUCACUAGUUUAGUGUGUUUCAAUAUUAUGUAUAAUAGUCGCAGUAGUCUGUCCGCGCCGGUUACAUAUACUUUCUUUUUUAUAUUAUAGUGUACUGACCAACUGUGGGAUAAGGAUAAGCCAAAUAGUACGACAAUGAAUGGUUCAACAGGUGUCAUUUGUACGGCUGAUAUUAGCUACGUCAAGAUGGAGCACCCAGAUCCUGAACCAUUUACGACUGGUAUCAAGCACGUCAGCCCCGAGCAGGAGGAACUUAUCAACAGGCUUGUCUACUUUCAGGACGAGUACGAACAACCUAAUGAUGAGGAUCUAAAGAGGAUCACGAAUCAACCACUGGAGACCGAGAAUCCGAGCGACCUGAGGUUCAGACACAUCACUGAAAUUACGAUACUGACUGUCCAAUUGAUCGUUGAGUUUGCCAAGAGACUGCCAGGCUUUGACAAGCUUCGCUAUGAAGACAAGAUUGUCCUACUCAAGGCAUGCUCGAGCGAAGUCAUGAUCCUCCGAAUGGCGCGCAAGUACGACUUUCAGACAGACAGCAUAAUAUUCGCAACAAACCAGUCGUACUCGCGUGACAGCUACUUACAGGCCGGCAUUGGUGACAUUAUUGACGACCUCCUUCGUUUUGGCCGCUUUAUGUACUCAAUGAAGGUCAACAACGCUGAGUAUGCUCUACUUACAGCGAUUGUCGUUUUUUCAGAGAGGCCAAACGUGGCAGAAGGCUGGAAGGUUGAAAAGAUCCAAGAAAUUUAUUUAGAUGCUUUGAAGGCCUAUGUGGAGGGCAGGUGGAAGCCGAAGGCAAGUGCCAAGUUCGCGAAGCUGCUUUCCGUGCUGACUGAGCUGCGGACCCUGGGCAACCAGAAUAUCGAAACCUGCUCAAACCUCAAGCUGAAGAACAAAAAGCUGCCACCCUUUCUCGCCGAGAUUUGGGACGUUGCAUCUUAGUCACCUAAUGGUAGCUGCGAUGCUGAAAUUCAGGAGCUCGAGCUAAGGGGAAUAGAUGAUGGCAGCGGCGUCAGCGUUUACGUCUACGUCGCCGUUGGUCGUUAUUUUUGUACUAGUGCAACAUUAUGCCACUGCCUCUCAAUCGUCCUCGUCGAUGAAUUACGCGAUCGAGAAAAAUACGCGCAUCCUUGUAUAGAUAAAGCAAUUGAUGAACUACUUUAAAUGCUUAAAAAUUACUACUACUACUACUACUACUACUACUACUACUACUACUACUACUACUACUACUA